CUCACCAGUCUCUAUCAUUUUUUCACAGUGCCAAGCCAAGUUCUACUCAAGGUGCUCAGCACAGAGAGGGGAACAUUCACCAGUCUGAGGGACACGAGCCUAGGUUACAAUCUUCAUCUCAUGAGCAUCCUGGUUUGAGAAGUGUUGGCCAGCCUCAGAUGACGUCCACACCCCAACCUAGUCACAGCGGCGGCGGGGCGGGGUACAUGGAUCCACAGAGGCAAGCUGAGCAGCAAGCAAGGUUACAACACAUGAUACAAUCAGAGAACAGUCUUCGUACCAGCCUGGACGGAAUGCAAGCCAGUUUGAAAGAGCUCAAAAACAGGAAACAGGAUGCGGUGGAGGAAUUGAAGACACUCCAUGAAGCAGUGAAGAGGAAUAAGAGUGACAUCCAGCAAGCAGAAGAUAUGGCUAGGAUGAGCGUAGAGAAAGGAGAUGGACUCAGAUCUGAGCUGAUGGUGCUAGAAUACCAGCGAGACCAAGCCAGGAGGGAGCUGAAGGAUCUAGAGGAGGGCAUCGGCACUGCAAGGAGAAAUCCUCCAGACGAUGGAGCCAGCAGUCGUCUCGCUCAGAUUGGGCUAUCAGCAGAAGAGAUCCUUGGAGUGAUCCGUGAGAGAGAUGAGCUCCAGGUGGCACUGGAGACGGAGCGAGGGAGCCACAUCUCUAAGGAGGAGCGUGACGAGGUAGUGAGCCAGCUGGAUCAGACCAGGCAGGAGCUGUUUGAGAGCCAGAAGUCAUCCAGAGCCAAGGUGGAGAAAUUGCAAGAAGAUCUUGAGGAAGGAAGAGGGAAGAUUGAGAGUUUGAAGCUGAUAGAGUCGGACCUCAAGAAGGAGCUAUCUGAAGCCCAGGAAGCCUUGAAGAACUCAGAGAAUGAUCACCACAAGCAGCUAUUGGAGAAAACUACCAUGAUGGAAGAGAUGCAAGGGAAAGCAACCACAGAGUGUGUUGACCUGCGUCACAAGCUCUCUGAAUCGACACGGCGCAUCACAACCUUGGAGAGUGCCCUCUUGGACAAGGAUGUGGUGACGACACGCAUGCAGGAUCGUAUCAGAGGACAGGGACAGGAGGUGCUAGAGCUAACUAAUAAGGUUGACGAGCUAGAAAAGGAGAGGGAGAUGCGAGCCAGGAAGGCAGAGACGGUCAAGGAGGUGGCCCUGGUGGAGCUAAGGGGAAAGCUUCUGAAGGAGAAGGAUGAAGAACUGGAUCAGCAAAAGAAGACACUGGAGAAGACACACCAAGAAGUAUUAACCAAACAACAGACACAGGCCACUCAAAGACAAACUCAACUUGAAAAGGAAAAUGAGGAGAAAGAAUCUGAAUUGAAUGAGCUAAGGGAGAAGUUGGGACAGCAGGAGAUCUCUACCAGAACACUGGGAGAUCAGAUGAGACAGGAGGCACAGGAACAAAUCCAGAAAGCCUUAGAGGAGCAGAAAGCCAUCUUCGAGACAGAGUCAGAGAAAGAGAGACAAAGGGAAGCACUGGCCAAAGAGGAUGCGGUUGCUAUAGAAACCAAGCAGCUCAAAGAAGAGCUUAAGAGAGAGAAGCAGCUGAGAGGCACUCUCAAGACAAGCCAUAGUAAUAUGAAAGAGGAAUUGGAGAAGUUACGAGAUGAGAACCUAGCCGCUGGUAGAGAGAAAGUAGAAGCCGUCUCAAAGGCAAGAGAGGAGGCUAGGCAGGAAAUACAAACUCAGUUAGACCAGAUACGAGAUCAAAUGGCACAGGAGAAAACAAGAGAGACAGAGAAGCUCCAGCAGAAGCUCAAGCAGCAAGAUGAGGAGUUGACCCAGCUCAGGUCAGAGGUCAAGGGUUACCGUCAGAAGCAACGGGAUUCCUCGUCCAGUCAGAGCAGCUUUGACCAGAGCUACAGGAGUAUCGUCAUGGAGCUGAAUGAGGAGUGUCGGAAGACAUCCAAUCUGGUGGGGUCCACUCCUCGUAAAGUUCCACUUUUCAGCUCCAGGAAUAUGAAGGCCGACUCACCAUCCCAGACUGGGUCUUCAAAGCAAGCAUCAUUCAACAGCCCCGGUCGUACCCAGCUCAUGGCUGCCAUCUCAAACCUCAAAGCUACCAACGAUGACCUCAGGAACUACAUCAAGUCACUACGAGAUGACGUGGAGAAACAGAGACGAGCCACCACUAGGGCUAACAGAGAGAAGGAUAAUGAAGUGAAGAAGCUGGUAGAAUCCAUGGGGAGAGAAAAGGCUCAAGUUUUUGAAGGUGAGAGAGACAUCGAGCUGGACCGGCUCCAUCGCUCAGUGAGUCUCCUCCAGGACUCUGAGAACAGUCUCCAGCAGGACGUGAUGAACAAAGACGAGGAGCUGCGUCAGAUCCAAUCCAAUAUGGCCGCCUGGAAGGAGGAGACUGCCCUCAAGAUGGCGAGGAAGUUUGAAGAUGAACUCAACAAAGAGCUCGAAGUGAGACUUGAGGAAUCGCACAGUGGCAGUGGGUCAUUCAGAAGCAACCAUUCCGAUUCAAGAAUGAGGAAUUCAGCACUCGCCACAUCAACACCAUCAUCUGCUGGAUCAGGUGAGACCGGUACCAACAAACUCCUCCGCCACCUUCAAGACCGGGUCAAGCAGCUCAGGAGUGAGAACACCAGUAUCAAGCAAGCCAGUAGACUGGAUAACAGUUUAGAGGGUGGAGAUUCAAGCUUCCAGAAAAGUCUACAGCUGGAAGAGAAAGACCAGCAUCUCUACCGUCUGGAUCAGAAAGUCAAGCUGCUGGAGCGCCAGCUCUGGGUAGCUGAGGAGAGAUGUAGGGAGAAUGCUGCCCUCUAUAGUCAGAAGACAGCAGAGAAUACCAGACUGGAAGGGGCUCUCACUCAACAGACAAAGGAACUUAUGAAGGUGGAACGAGCCUAUACCAAACUUUCACACUCUACACCGACGUCACCCGUGCCUUAAGCCUUGUUCACACAUGACAAGGUCAACCGCCU